UUAAAAAAUUGAAAACGUUUCUUUGUUUUCCUCUUCAUUUCCCUUAUUCCAUCCCCGAUCGUCAGUUGAAGAUCGCCGUCGCCGGUAGUCAGCUUCUCUGCCGUCGACGACCUCCUCCACACAUCAACACGAUUCGAUUGGUUCCGAAUUCGAUUGCGUAUCGAAUACAUCAUAAAUCACGUGUAGUAGAAGAGGAGGCGGCGUAGAGAAAGGGGGAGAAGGAAACCAGGCGCGGCGGCGCGUGUGAUCAGAGAUAAUGAUUACGCGAUCAAAUUUGGCGGAGCAGCUGAGAGAGUAUCAGAUUCGGUCGAAGCAUGAUUGGGCUUCCGUUUCCUUUUUCUCCUCAACAACCAAUCUCGCCUCUUCGAGGGUUGAUGUUGCAAUCUUUGUCAUAUGGGAACUUGUCAUACUGGCAUUCCUUGUUUUCUCAGCUGUUUCGUUAUAUUUUAGGCACAUGAGGCUAGCUAUUAUUUUUAUAUUCAUUACUAUGCUAUUGCUUUUAUUAAUGAAAAUUAGCAAGAAAGUAAGACUUGCUCGGAAGAAGAAGCGAAGGAUGCUUCUACCUUUGUCUAUGUAAUUGGGAAAUUUCUGACCAAAAGCAUUAGCUCCUUUUUUCUUCCAUGUAGAUUGUAAGGAUUCUUGAUCAUUGCACUUGGUCAUUUUUUUUACUUUUCUUGAUUUGAGGUCUGUAAUUGUAUGUCAUGCUAGAUGACGAAAGCUUGUAAACAUGCACAAGGUGUUGGAAUUUUUUACUGUUAGGUGGCUGGAUUUUUUAAUGCCUCAAAUGAUAGGUAAGCUGCCUUCAA